CUCCCUCCGUCUUGUUACCCACGCGACCCCUGCUUUAAAUACCACUCUCCGCCCACUCUUCUGCCUUGCUUUCCCCUCUAUCUAUUCACUUUACUAUCUCUCGCUCUCUCUCGCGCUCUCAGAUCCGUCAGCAUGGGCAAGAUCAAGAUCGGAAUCAACGGGUUCGGAAGGAUCGGCCGUCUCGUCGCCCGUGUGGCCCUUCAAUGCGAGGAUGUUGAGCUUGUCGCUGUCAACGAUCCCUUCAUCAACACCGAUUACAUGAUCUACAUGUUCAAGUACGACAGUGUCCACGGACGGUGGAAGCACCACGACCUCAAGAUCAAGGACGAGAAGACCCUUCUCUUUGGUGAGAAGCCAGUGACUGUCUUCGGUAUCAGGAACCCGGAGGAGAUCCCAUGGGGUGAGGCUGGUGCCGAGUAUGUCAUCGAGUCAACUGGAGUGUUCACUGACAAGGACAAGGCCGCUGCCCAUUUGAAGGGUGGUGCCAAGAAGGUUGUCAUCUCUGCACCAAGCAAGGAUGCUCCUAUGUUCGUUAUGGGUGUCAAUGAGCAUGAAUACAAGCCUGAGCUUAACAUCGUUUCUAACGCCAGUUGCACAACCAACUGCCUUGCACCUUUGGCCAAGGUGAUCCACGAGAGGUUUGGUAUCGUGGAGGGACUCAUGACCACUGUCCACGCCAUGACAGCCACUCAGAAGACUGUGGAUGGACCCUCUAACAAGGACUGGAGGGGCGGAAGGGCUGCUGGAUUUAACAUCAUCCCAAGCAGCACUGGAGCUGCCAAGGCUGUGGGCAAGGUGCUCCCUGCUCUCAACGGAAAGCUGACCGGCAUGGCCUUCCGAGUACCCACCGUAGAUGUCUCCGUCGUGGAUCUCACCGUCAGACUUGCAAAGGGUGCUUCGUACGGGGAGAUCAAGGCAGCUAUUAAGGAAGAGGCAGAGGGGAAGUUGAAGGGCAUCCUCGGUUACACAGAGGACGACGUGGUUUCCUCGGACUUUGUUGGCGACAGCAGGUCGAGUAUCUUCGAUGCCAAGGCUGGCAUUGCUUUGAGCCCGGAAUUCGUGAAGCUGGUCUCCUGGUACGACAACGAGUGGGGCUACAGCACUCGCGUCAUCGACUUGAUCCGUCACAUCCACAAAGUCUCCCUGUAAGCGAAAGAAAACAAAAUACCAGAGGAACAGAGAGUGGCGCUUCCUCUCUGAAAUGUCAUUCGAGUGUUUAAUGUUUGCCUAAUUUUUGUCUCUUUUUUUGUUUUGGGAUUUUCGCCUAUUAUGUGCCUCCUCCGCUUGCUUGCCGGUGGUGGUGAGGCUGCGUCGAGUCUCAGAGUGGUGUUCCACACAUAAAAUGCUAUGUAGGAGAGGCAAACAUGCUUUAGUUUUUUGCUUCUUGUGCUCGGAUGUUUUGCUUAUUUCCCAUAAAUAAAUUAUCUCGAGGAAACUUUUUAACCUUAA